AUGGAAUACGAGGUUGUGAGUAUGUUGGCGUUGGGCAUGUUGGUGUUAGGCAUGUUGGUGAGGAUGAAGGUUAUGGAAGGAAGGCAGCAGCUUCCACCAGGACCAAGAUGUUGGCCAGUGGUUGGUAACAUGUUCCAACUAGGGUGGUCACCACACGAGUCCUUUGCAAAACUUGCUCAUAAACAUGGUCCAGUCAUGAGGCUUUGGCUAGGGUCGAUGUGCACAGUGGUUAUCUCGUCAAGCGAAGUGGCUGGUGAGAUGUUCAAAAAGCAUGACGCGGUUCUUGCAGGGAGGAAGAUUUACGAGGCCAUGAGAGGGGAGCAUGGGACUGAGGGUUCCCUUGUAACUUCUCAGUACAACUCACACUGGCGCAUGCUGAGGCGCUUGUGCACCUCUGAGUUCUUUGUUACCAGUCGCUUAGAUGCGAUGCGGGGUGUUCGUGAAAAAUGUAUACACCGCAUGCUGCGUUUGAUUGAAGAAGCUGGUGAAUCAGGCACACGUGCGGUUGAUGUUGGGAGGUUUUUUUUCUUGAUGGAUUUUAACCUUAUUGGGAACCUCGUAUUCUCAAAGGACUUGUUGGAUUCUGAGACUGAGAGAGGGGAUAGAUUUUAUUACCAUGCACUUAAGGUUAUGGAGUAUGCUGGGAAGCCCAACAUGGCAGAUUUCUUGCCAUUUCUCAAGUGGUUUGAUCCUCAGGGUAUAAGGAGGAAGACACAGUUCCACGUCAACCAAGCCUUUGACAUUGCAGGCUCGUUCAUCAAAGAAAGGAUGGAAAAGAGUCACGGUGGAUCCAAGGAAACAAAAGAUUACUUGGAUGUCUUGUUGGCCUUUCGUGGGGAUUCUACCACUCAGCCCUAUACUUUUUCUUCAAGAACUAUUAACGUUAUUAUCUUUGAAAUGUUCACUGCAGGAACAGACACGACGACGAGCACAAUCGAAUGGGCAAUGGCAGAGCUUCUGCACAACCCAAGAACGCUAAAGAAAGUGCAGAUAGAGUUGAGGAACAAAAUAGGGUCCGGUAGGAACAUGGAAGAAAAGGACAUGGAGAAUCUUCCCUACCUGCAAGCGGUGAUCAAGGAGACACUGAGACUUCACCCACCUCUUCCUCUUAUGGUUCCUCAUAUGGCUAUGGAGUCUUGCAACAUGCUUGGCUACGAUAUUCCCAAAGAGUCACAGAUUUUAGUGAAUGUUUGGGCAAUAGGAAGGGACUGCAAAGUGUGGGAUGCUCCCUUAUUGUUCUGGCCUGAAAGAUUUCUGGAGCCAAACACCGUGGUGGACUACAAAGGGCGUCAUUUUGAGUUUAUACCCUUUGGUUCGGGUCGAAGAAUGUGCCCAGCCAUGCCACUCGCCUCUCGUGUGCUUACCUUGGCAUUGGGCUCCCUCUUGCAUUCCUUUGACUGGGUUUUGCCAGAUGGCCUCAAACCAGAGGAGAUGGACAUGACUGAGGGACUGGGAAUAACGCUGAGGAAAGCCAUUCCUUUGAAAGCCAUACCAGUGCCUUAUAGAGGAGCUACUACAGCAAACGAAUAACGAUGUUAUGACACCAAUGCCAUCCAAGAUAACAAAAAUGUACUGCGCAAAUGAUUUACCAUGAACAACUUUAUGGUCUGCAAAUAGUAGUUAUGUGUAAUGGUAGAAUGUCAAAAAAAACAUGGUUUGAUUGGUGUUAUAACGCUUGAUCAGAUGUCAUCUUUUUAAGAUAUUGCUAUAUAUAACGACGCAUCAACCCUACAUGUUUUGACA